CUUCCCCGAUCGACAGAGGGAUAACGAGGAAACCGACGAACAACGAGAAUAAAUCGGAAUAUCAAUUCGGCCGUUCUAAAAGGACUUGUGUAUGUACGACGUCCAGCAGGGAAAGUGCCGCGACUCUUCGUCAGCAAGGAUGGCGAGAUCGAGAAAGGGGAAAGGAGAAGAGGAACUGUGAGACUCUUCGUGGAAUUUUCAACACGCAAUCGGACGAUCUAUCAGCGUCGGAGAAGUCGCAGCGUGUGAAAGGAGAGAAAAACGCGGGCACGGUGACGCACAAUGAGAUCUGCUCGGCCAAUUAUGGGAAGAGGAUUUGUCGAGGCAGCCGGA